AUGGGAGCUGUUCACUUAACAUAUGGUGCAUUAGUAGCACAACUUGUAAGAGAUUAUGAAAAUGAUGAAGAAAUUAAUAAGCAGUUAGACAAAUGUAAACCUAUUUUAAUUGAUCGUUAUAAUAGCAAAUUGGAAUCCAAAGGCGAUGAAUUUUCACUUAUUUUAGAGACUAAUCCUCUCACAGACUUUGUUGAACUUCCUGACGAUCAGUCCUCAAUUAUUAUACUCGAAUAUAAUUUUGUUGUAAUUAGAGGAGCACUAGAAAUG